AUGGUGACCGAAAAAGCUUCAAUUGAGUCUAGCAGUGAGGACUCGGACCUGAGAAGGGACAUAGAGGCUGUAAGCCUUGUAAGCGAAGAUGAGUCGGAGCGGGACAACAGCGAGAUUAGCAAUGCAGAGACGGAUGUGGGGCCCUUUAUAGGAGGAUCAAAAGUAGCAAACAGCAGCCGGCCAAAACCCGAUAAGCUUCACUCGAUUUACGACGACGAUAGCGAAAGCGAAGAUUCUAAUGAUGAGACGCCGCCAGAGCACAUGGAUGAGUCUCGUGUCAACAAGCAAAGUCACACUAUUUUCACAUUCAACCUUCCCUUCGGCGGCAAAAGCUUACUGCCAACGUCACCCUUCACCAGCUUGAAGAAUACGUUUAUGCCAAUGUCCAGUGAGGACAAAAACAAGACGAAAAGCAGGCGGAAAAUAAAGCUGAAGCUCAAGAGACAGGAAACAAUAUCGUCAGUAGAGGAGAUCGAGCUUUUCAAAGACCAGAAAGGAAUAGACAACGUGAGAGCAAGGGCAGUAAAACGGGCACUAAAACCAGAGUCCCUGUUUCAUACGAUACGAUCUUUUUCUUUGGACCAACAAGCUCAGACACAUGAUGGGUAUGAAUGCGAGAGACUGGAAUCGAUCUGGAACGAGCUUAACGGGAACAUCGUGAUUUUAGGCGGUUACAGAGGCAGUAUUUUACGAGAUGCAGAAACCAAAAAGAGAGUGUGGAUACCAAUACGUGCCGGUCUAAAUAUACGAAAGGUUGACCUAUUGAUAGGGCCCAAGGACGAAGAUGAGAUUGAGGCGCAACAUAAGCUGUAUGCUGAUGGAAUGCUGACGCAUCUAGGUCCUGUGGACGUUUGCAAAAAGCUGAUAAAAAAGCUGCGUAAUAAUAUCAAUGUCUCUAUCGAGGAAUUCGGGUACGAUUGGAGGUUAUCACUAGAGAUACCGGCAAAACAACUGGCUAAGAAAUUACAGGAGAUUUAUGAUAAACAAGAUGAAAAAAAAGGAACCUAUCUGAUUGCCCAUUCCAUGGGCGGACUUGUUGCGCAUAAAGUCUUGCAAGAUCAUACUCAUCUAAUUCGGGGCAUAAUCUAUGUCGGAUCGCCCAGUCAAUGCGCCAACAUCCUUGGCCCAUUGCGCUUUGGAGACGAAGUGAUCUUCAAUAAGUCCAUUUUAAGCGCGGAAGCCACCUUUUUCAUGAGAAGUAGCUUCUACUUUCUGCCAUUCGAUGGAAGAUGCUUUGCAAACAAAGAAACACUGGAGCGUUAUGACCUGGACUUCUUCGACCCUGAUGUUUGGAAGAAAUACGGGCUCUCGCCAUUAGUAGAUGAAGAGAGGACUAAAUCCGAAGACGAGAUAAAAAUACCAUCGCCCGAUAAAGACCGAUUCAGCUUAAUCCCACACGUUGACAUGAUGAGAUCCUUAAGCUCAGGGAACGAUACUGUGUCAUUUCAAACACCUUACAAUGAAUGCGAAGAGUACCUCGUCAGAACUCUGAAGCGCACCAAAAAAUAUCUGGCAAGCCUUGACUACGAUGAAACGAAAAGCUACCCUCCUUUGGCAAUCGUUUACGGUAACAGGGUACCCACCGUGCGCGGAGCCAAGGUUUCAGACAGAGAUCAAAUCAAACGUGGCGAGUAUGAUGAAUUCUACUAUGGCCCCGGUGACGGCGUAGUGCACCACAAAUGGCUUCUUCCAGAGAAACGCGGAUUCCCCGUGGUUGCCAAGGUAGCUUCUGAAUGCGCACAUGUGAGCCUUAUGACAGAUUUUGAAGCUAUGGCCAAGGCAUUCAUUUCAUUGGUGGACAACGAAAAAUGCUGA